UUGACUUCAGAGGCUUCCUCGUGUCCCAUGGCGCUGCAGAAGCUGGGCAUCAGUCUGUCCAUGACAGGUCUGGCUAGCACCAUCCUGAUCUGUGCUCUACCCACAUGGAAGGUGAUGGCCUUCAUCAGCACCCACCUGGUGGUCUUCUGGGAGGGGUUGUAGAUGACCUGCAUCAGCGAGUACACUGGUCAGAUGCAGUGCAAGCUCUUCGACGCCUUGCUGGACGUGUCGCCGGACCUGCAGGCCGCUCGAGACCUCAUCUGCAUCAGCAUGGUGCUGGGCUGCCUGGGGUUUCUCAUCUUCCUCCUGGGGGCGCGCUGCACCAACUGCCUGAGCCAUCCACGCUUCAA